AUGGAUGCCGAUGAGAAGGGCAGCGGCUGCCAUAUCAAGUCCGAUGGAUCGAUUAGCUCAGAUUCCAUGAAAGGCGUUGGCGGCAUACCCGGACAUCCUAGAAUCCGGACGCAAACUGAUACCGUACACUUUCUUUCCGACGACCUUCUUACUCCUGAUCUCGAUGAGCUUUCACCCUGGUUGUGGUUGAUGUCCACGCCGUCAUGCACGAACAUCACUCCGCUCCAUCAGCAGAGACUUCGCGGGCGAGAAAUUGUGAUCAUGGAGGAUCCGGGACUCCAUCUUGUCUGGCACCAUCGCGCGAUAUAUAUCAAGCCACUACCGGGAUACUUGCUUGACAGUGAAUUUCGUGAGCGACUACUCAAUUCAGCGCACUGUGACCCAAAAUCUGCCGCAAUAUCGAAAGCUGCGCGAGGAUUCCUGAGAUCUUACGCGCUACUCAUCCGGCAUGAAAGCGAUUUUCGUCUCGCACAAUCAGAGCAUUUGCAGUUGAUACCCGAAGAGCUAGACUGGUUGGGCUUCAAUGAGUUCAUCGCCGAUUUCGAGGAUCCAGAUCCAGGCAUGGUCAGUCCACGAUACCAGAAUUAUGGCGAGCUCCGCUUCUCAAGACUCAAUAUGCUGGUGAAGGUUUUCCUCCGCAAAUGGCACUACAGGUACACGGACGGCAGAUACAAAGACUACCUCGAGACCUUCUACGCUCCGCUGCUCUUCGUCUUCGCUGUUACAUCGGUCGUCCUCAAUGCGAUGCAGGUAACCUUGGCCGUGGGAGGACUUGACAAUCGACACUGGCAUUCUUUCUGGGCAGCUUCACGAGGCUUCGCGUCGUUCACAGUAGCAGGGACGUCCAUUCUGGUGGUCUUGGUGAUCGUGUUGCUAUCGCGGAAGAUCGCUUCGGAAGUGAUCUAUGCCACCAAGAUGCAGCUUCGAAGGCGUUUCGGCCGGGGAGGCCAGCGAUCCUCAGGCGGAGCCUGA